GGCUGCUGGGAUCCGAAGCAGCACGGGAAGACGCCCCAGGCGAGCUGCUGUGGCUUGGGGCGCAGAGCGGGUGGCAGCUGCUGGGACAGUGCUGCCAUGGCCCAGGCACAGCUCAGCUCCUGGCUGCUCCUGUGUGUGUUUGCUGCAUCCCAGAGGCUGACAGAUGAACAUCCUCACAGCGGCACCAACAGAGCCCGUCGUGGCCCAGAGGACGCUGGCAUCAUGUUAGAGAUGCUCUGGGGAAGGCUGGAUAUUCAGGCCAACGGGACAAUCCAUCUGCGGGAUGAAGAGCUGGCCUCCCUACGCCCGGCACGGCGCUUCCUGCAGAUUUUAGAGGAGGAAGUUCCUAAAACACCGGCGGAGAUUGAGCAGCAUCUGAGAUAUUAUUCACUGACUGACACUCCCUUGCCUCCGACGGAGUUUGACCGUCUCCUUUUCACCAGUGUUUACAGUGCCUAUCAGGUUCGCUCCACGCAGGGUCUGGAUAAAACCCCCUGGAUUGGCUUUUUCUCUCAGCUGGUUGAUGAAAUCUUUCGUGACCUGUGCAAGGGGCUCUGCCCUGCAAAUACCACCCUCCUCCAGGCUUCCUGGCCUUGGAAGGAGAAGCCUUCACAUUUAGCAUCCCUGAAACAUUUCUAUCGCUCUAACCUGGCCAGGACCAAGAGAGACACCUAAUGAGGGCACCCACCGUAGGAAAGGGCACGCCUGGCUGCAGCUGCCUUCUUGGUUAUUUUCAAUGUUUUCCACGGUAUGCAGGACUUCAAAUAAACAUGCCACACCUUUUUGUCCUGCUUUCUGCACUGUGCUGUUAACCCUCUCAGGAUUUAUGCACCAGCUUUUAUUUUUAAAUGAAAAAAGACAAAACUGUAAAGUGCAUUUCUUCCUUUUCUGAUUUUUUCCUAAGUGAGCUGUGCUGAAGGGGGCAGUGCUAUUUAGAUGUCUUAUGUAUCUUGAUCACUGAUGCUCUGGAGACAUGGCUUGGAAGUAUUUUUCCAGGAUAUUAUGCUGGUGUCACGGCUGACUUAAUUUCAGAUAAUUCAGUUCACUUUCCUUAUAUUCUCCCUGUGGUUUCAGACAAAUACAAGAUCUUUUCUCCAGUAGCAGCUAAGCAGGUUUUGUUGUGUUCCAUGAUAUAGUUCACAUAUUUAAUUUAAUUUUUCUCCUCAUGUGGCAUCAUAUUUUAUGUGUAAACAGCAAUUUGUCAUCCCAUGUAUUCAUUUUUCUUUAAAAAGCAACCUGAAAAUGUAUGUAUUCCACAAAGCUUUCUAGUAUUUGCAUAUCAUAUUUACACAUAUACACAGCUUUGUUUCAGUUAUCAUUUUGGAAUAUACUUCUCGAAAUCUCAUUUAAAUUCUGAAAGAUCCUGACCUAGUUAUUUCUUCAGCAGAUUUUGCCUCUCUUCUAUAAAGUUGGUUUUUGUACAGCCAUGGCAUUUUACAAGCCAAACAUAAUAAAUACAUAGUCUCUAUCCUCAAAUCAGAAAUAUAACUAUUUUACAGAAAGACAUCAAUAACAUUUGUCUGUCUUAAACACUGUGGUGUGGAAUGAAAUAAAUAUAAUUAUCUCCUCAGGAG